AUGGACGCGACCGUUUUCCCAGCCAAUGCCAAAGCGUUGAGUACUUCUGUCCAAGUACUUUCCACAGUUUUGUCUAUGAAUCCCCGCUGUCAUGGUGCUCAUGUUCAAUUGCCACUCAACCAAACCAACACGAAGCCGACAGCUGUGAUCUCCCACCGACGAAAGCUGGAGGAUGCAUUGGUGACCGCUCGCAUGGACACAUCUCGUGAUGUCAUUUUGCAUUUUGCAAGCCCUCCUGACUCCACAGCCUCCGACAAAAGGGGGGGCAUUCAAUCAUGCUUUGCUGUGACCCAAGAUUCGAAGCUGUGCGCAUGGAACUUCCCGCAGGUGAUCACACCCAUUCCUCUGGUAAGGGUGGCCGACAUGCUUGGCUAUGAUGAAAACUCCAAGCCUAGCCCCAGUGCUCGAGCUGAGCAGAAAGGUUUGGCUGCGCAUGUUCUGAUCUUGGAAGCCUACCUGCAGGGCGUCGCGUUGAAGGAGAAGGACGAAGUGGUGGUCUUCGACGUUUUGCCAAACAGGUGGGCCGAAUUUGGCCGUGCCAUUGUGCAGCAAAAGCUGACUGGUUCAAAGAUGCAGAAUGUGAGCUACCUUGGGCUCUUGAAGGACUCCCAGCAGGAUGUUGUCCCGAUGGUUGAAGAAGUGGUCUACAACUGGUGGGACCAGUCCAGCCAUGCUCCGCCAAAGAGGCGGCCACGCGACCCGGCUACAAUUCCAGACUUGCGUGUCCUUCGCUGGGAGAAUGACAGGCCAAAAGUUCCGCCUGGAGUCUUAGACAAAUUUCCACGGGGAAGUGAGCAGUACAAUGUGCUGUCAGAAUUGCUGAACGAGUUGAAAGUCUUGUGGCCGGACGCGGAUGACCAAUCUGCUGUUACUGCUCGGCCCCAGAACAUGACCAGCAGGGCAAACCCUUCCAACCCUUCCGCCCGAGCCACUGGAUCGCCGGACUUCACCAAUUCAGAUUUGCUGGAUCUUGAACGAGAAGUUGAUUUGGUGAAGAUACCCUCUGAGAGCUUUUCAGAAGAGAGGUUGGCGCUUUGUCCUGGCAAAUCCGGCCGCCCGUCCAUUGUGAUCUCCAAGACCUACGGGGUCUUCCUUGGGAAUUUCACGACAGAGGAAAUGCUUGUCAAGCCAGGUAGUGGGCACCAAGAGACGGCUACAUUACCUUGGAGGCUUGCCUCCGACAUGAGUUUGGUGGCGCGUGAGAAGCAAUGCAUGCCACUGUGCACGUUUCUGUGCAAGAUGGCUCGUGAGCGGGGCCUUGCAGAUUUCACUGUGUGGGAUCAUGAGAUCGAGCCGAAGACAAGGACAGUUACUGAGAAUGGCGCUGAGUCGACGGUGACUGUCCCAUUCCGCUACAACGUGCGUGUUCCCGACUCCAACAAGUGCAAUUGCUUCAAGCCAAAUGCCUUGGUGAACCCAGACACAGAGGCUCACAAACCUGCGAGCCUUGGAGCUGUGUUCGUCGGCAACCUGAACCACGUUUUGCGGCAAGAGAACUGCAAGCAUGCAGCGUUGGUCUGGGAGGCUGCGCCCGCUUAG